AAGCCGAAGCACCACCACCAACGUCUUCUGCUGCUGCAAACUCUUUUGUAAAAUUUGGGUAAUCGACUCGUCCUCUCUAAAAUUUCCCCAAAUUUUAACCCGCGAAAAUUUAGGGUUUCUCUCUCACUCUCUCACUCACCGAUUGGUCUCUUUCUCUCCUCUCGUCGACGUCGUAUUGAGGAUGGAUGUGGCGAUUAGUGAUGUACCGGAGAAUCUUGAAUCUGUUGAAGAAAAGAGAGAUGAAGAAAAUGUGGAAGAAUCGCCGGUGAAGAAGAAGCCACGUUUUGAUGAAGAAGUGAAUAGAGUGGCGGAGAUUGUAUUGGUGUUAUCGGCAUUGCGAAAGAUUCGAGGUGGGAAAACUCCGACGGAAUUGGAGAUUGAGCUUAUGGUGGAAGCUAAAUCGAAAUUGGUUGACAUGUGUCAAGAGUUUACUCCCAAAGAUAUUAUUGGUAUUGAUGCUAUUGGAGCUGUGAUUGAAGAUCUGGGUUUGAAUGGUAAGCUUAAAGAUCAGAGAUUAGGGUUUCGAGCUCCUAAAUUAACCAUCUCUGAGAAGCUAUCUCUUGGCAAGAGAAAGAUGGAAGAAUUGAAAAAAGCCCCAAUAGUAUCCACUACCUAUACAUCUCCAGGUCAUUCAACUCCAGCAGCAAGUAAUGUGUCUAUGGCGCAUCAGUGGCCUAAUAGCGAUAUGAAGGCAUCCACUAGUUCUGUUAAUGCAUCUGGAAGGGAAGCAUCAGGAAUAACACAAGCUAGAAUGGAGAGACCGCAGUUUAAGUCAGAUAUGCAUACCGGUACUUCUCAGGGACCAGCAGUUCCUGCCGGAAAUUACUUUGGGAAUACUACAUCUUGGUCUGCCCAACCUCAUUCCAGUUCCUCCACCAUAUCAUUUGGUACUGCAUCAGAUAGCAAGGUUCCUGUUCAGGGUUCUUCCAGAAUCUCAGAUCCGAGCUUUAGACCAUUUAUGUCUCAAACUCCACCAGGUCCAUUCCCAGGCAUGAAAGGGGUGACUUAUGGUCAAACUUCUUCAUCUUUUGGAAACAACCACCAUGCUGAAAUUGCUAAGUUAAUCCAUAAAGUUCUGCAACCGCAGGCUAAACAAAAUCUCUUGUGGAACCCACCUUCCAGAGAAUACAUGAGUAAAGCAAUGACAUGCCAAAUGUGUCAAGGAACUAUCAAUGAAGUAGAAACGGUGCUAAUCUGUGAUGCUUGUGAAAAAGGAUAUCACUUGAAAUGUCUACAAGCUCACAAUAUAAAAGGUGUUCCGAAAUCUGAAUGGCAUUGCUCAAGAUGUGUGCAAUUAUACAAUGGCAAGUCUUUUCCUCCUAAAUACGGCCGUGUCAUGAGAAGCGCCACUACAGCAAAAAUGUCUUCUAGUACAGCCGAAGUUCAGUUACCCACAGAGAAGAGGGUUGGUAAAAUGGAUCAAAAGGUUAGUCAAGAGGCAAUGCCACAUCUCGAGACAGCAAAACCAACUAAGGAUUCAGCUAUGGAACAAACAGUUGAAGAUGCAGCUAUGGAACAAACAGUUGAAGAUGCAGCUAUGAAUCCAAUAGUUGAAGCUGAAGGUGAAGCUAUGAAUCCAACAGUUGAAGCUGAAGAUGGAGCUAUGAAUCCAAUAGUUGAAAAAGCUAUGAGCCAAAUAGUUGAAGCUGAAGAUGCAGCUAUUAAUCAAGCAGUUGAUGCUAACUUAAAAACACAAUUUCCUAUAGCAAACGAUGAUGCUGAGUGUGAUGAUCCUUCAGAACCAGUAUCUCAGUCAGAGACUCUUAAUCUGCCAGAACCAGAGAAAAAAGAAGUUCUGAGCAAAAAUCCUACUGAGAGAUGUGUUUCCGCAAAUAGUCAAGAUAAAAACUCAAAGAUCAUAGCUGAAUCACCAUUACAAGAGGAGAAUUCAGCUUCUCAGACUGAGAACUCACCAACCCAGCUUCCUUUGCAAUCCAACACAGAUCAUUCCCAACCGCAGAACAUGACACCAAAUGUGGAAGAGGCUAUACAGAAAAAUGUCACAGAAAAUCCAGAGGAAGACAAAAGCUUUUAAAUGUUUCAGACAAAACUUGCAGGAAUCAGAAUUCACUCUGUCCACGGCAGUCAGUACUCGCACUCUAUUUGGUCCUCAAGUAUAUAUAAAGUAAGUGAUGAUGUAUUUGAUAUAACCUUUUUGGGGUAGGUUGAAUUACUAAAUGUUUUAUUCUAUGAAGUGCGUGUGGCCGUUCAAUUUUCUGAGCAUAAGUAGUGACGGAUUUAGUUUAAGCUUAGUAGUUUAGCUUGAACCUUUUUUAAGACACUUUGUGAAAUAUUUCCUUAAUUCACUGUAACCUUAUAAAUUCCUACA